GUUCUGGACGGCAGCUGAGACCAGCCGAGCCUCCAGGAGAUGCUGAUGCAGAUGCGGAUGCAGAUGCAGAGGAAGAAGAUUCUGUUAUUGAAGUGGCAGUAGAAGACAUUCGUCCAAGGCCACAAGGAUCCUCUCCAGUUUAUGAAUAUUCCAUAGAAGAAGAAUAUUUAAAGGAGACAAUGGAAGUGACCCUGAAAACAGAAGUGGAAGCUGGUGCUAGUGGCUUUAGUGUGACGGGUGGAGGAAAUGAAGGCAUAUUUAUUAAAAAAGUACUUAAGGAAUCUCCUGCUUCAAAAAUAUUUAGUCUGAGAGAAGGCGAUCAGCUUCUAAGUGCUACAAUAUUUUUUGAUAAUAUCAAAUAUGAAGAUGCACUCAAGAUUCUCCAAUAUUCCGAGCCAUACAGAGUCCAAUUCAACCUCAAAAGAAAAAUUACUGGGAAAGAAGAGCUAGAACACAUUCACUCUACAGCUCAGUACAAAAAGGAAAGAAUUAGCCAGGAAAAAGAACUCAACGAGAGCAUUCCUGAAGAAACACUACAUGUUUCAGGAAAAAACAUUUCAGACGAAGAUAGGGAAACAUUAAUUGCAAGCCAAAGGGUAGGAAGAAGCAAGAGACCUAAAAAAGAUAGAUUAUCAUGGCCAAAAUUCCAGUCAAUUAAAAAUAAGAAGAUACUGGGACACAGAAGAUCUCAUAGUACAUCAGAUGCAUAUGAGCCUACUAUACAGGACAUUUCCCCUACAAGCACAGACACAGAGUCUCAAUUUCAACAAGAAGUCCAUAUCAAAGAAAAAAAAGGAAGCCAAAAGAAAUUGAAGUUCCCUAGCAUUGGAUUCAAAAUGCACAGAUCUAAACCAGAACCACAAGACAAGCAGAAAAAAGAAAUAAAAGCGACACUAUUACCUGAAAAAGGAAAAAUACAUAAAGAAGAAAUCAGCCUGGAAAAUCCUGAAAUCCUAACGGUUGAAUAUACCACAUCUUCUGAUUAUGAAACUAAAACAGAGGAGGUGCAUGAAACUUUAACAAAAGACUUAAAAGAUAUGAAAAAUGGCAUUCGAUCUCAUGCAAAAAUAUGCCCUGAAGUUGAAAUAAGCAUUAAAAAAGAAAAAGACAAGGAUUCAACAUCAAAAUGUACUGAAGUAACAGCUAUAACAACAGAGAUAUCAAAGCCUAGUUUAGAAACACUUGAUAUGAAAGAAAGCCCAACUAAACAAACACCACAAGCCUCAUCAAAAUCCCAUAUUAAAAUAACAAAAAGUCAAAUUAGCAUACCAUCAAAGAAAGAAGAAGAAAUUUCCCAAAAUACUCAAACUGAGAUUAGAAGGGCCAAGGUGGACAUCAGCCUCCCGGCCAUUGACAUCAGCCUUCCAAAGGCCAGCGUCGACGUACAGGCGCCUGAGGCCGCCAUCAGCCUCGAGGGAGAAGAAAAAGCACCGGAGAAGGAGGCUGCAAAGACCAAGGAUGGCAAGUUCAAGAUGCCAAAGCUCGGCAUGCCUUCCUUUGGCUGGUCCAGCAGCAGGGAGGCCAAGGGCCGCGUGGCCGCCGAUGUGGACGUCAGCCUCAAGGAGCCCCAAGUGACAAUGCCCUCAGGAAGUGCCGGCAUCGAGGUGGCCCUGCCCACAGCUGAGAUCCAAGUGCCCAGCGUUGAAGUGACCCAGCUCGCAGCCGAGAUCCAAGCGCCCAGCGCCGAGGUGGCGCUGCCUGCAGCCCAGAUCCAA